AAGCCAGUCACGAUGAGCCGAAGAGCGUCGGCUGGGCCUCGGAAGGCCGGGGCUUCGGAAGGGCGGACAGACCUGACGCCAUCAUCCCCGCCGGUGUCACCACUGAAGAAGGAUGAACGCAAGUCGCUGACGGAUUCGGGAUACGAUGCCGGCUAUACCUCAAUGAGCUGCUCCACUGCAACAGAUCCGGACAUCAUCUCAAAGUCGACCUGCAGCAUGCUGGACUCUGGGGUGCUGGAUGAGGAAGCCCACCACAGUGGCGACCUGAAGAUGGCGUCGGCGACGAAACUGGACAGCGGCUACAUUGAGCCGUCCUCGUCGGCGUUGUUGCUUGAGGAGGACUGCGAGACGCAGCUGCUGGGCCGCAAGCUCAGCGUACGGGAGAUGUAUGCACAGGACGACGACGGUGACACGCUGUUGCACAUCGCUGUCGUGAAAGGCUGGACGAGACUGCUUGUGCGCGUAAUCCGUGAAACGCCGCAUCCGGAUCUCCUAGACAUCCCAAAUGACUAUGGACAGACGGCACUGCAUGUGGCCGCUCUAUGCAGCCGACACCAUGAGGCUCGCUUGCUUGUUGUUGCCGGGGCAACGGUGGAUGCAAGGGACGAUGCCGGCCAGACACCACUGCACAUUGCCUGCAGACGCGGUGACUGCAGAGUGGCCAGCGACCUGCUUGCCGACGUCACCGAGGAGGAGACUGACUUCUUGCAGACCCGUUACGGCUUGCGCCCGGGCUGUCGCGACUCCACCCGCUCAGCCGCGUUGGUGUCCCAGCGGACUCUGACGGGCGACACGGCGCUCCACCUGGCGGUCAGCUCCGGCUCGCUGGACCUCGUCGAGCUGCUGUUGCGACAUGUGCCGGACCCCAACGUUCGGGAGCGGUACUGUGGUGCCACCCCACUGCACUUGGCCUGUCGGCUGGGCCGGCCGGACCUGGCCGACGUGCUGCUUCGGUCUGGCCGUGUCGACGUCAAUGCCACCGACUACGGCCGCAGGACAGCACUGCGCCACCUGUGGGAUGCGCAGCGGCAGAACCCGCGCAGCAAGGACCUGUUACGCCUGGUACUGUUGCUGCGAGACCACGGUGGCACGCCCAUUGUUGACCCAGGCUCCGAGGACGAGGACGACUCUGAGGAGGACAGCUCUGAUGGUUAUGAUGAGUCUGAGGAUGAGGAAGAUGGAGUUCGGGCCAACACUGUCAACAGUAGGCUGUCGCCGCAUGCCUAUCCCCGCGUGAACAACGUCGGUGCCUCAUAGCAGAACCCUCAAGGCAAAUCAUUCCCACGUUCACACACUUUCCCAUCAUGUUAACCCCGUCACAGCCUGCAUCAUCGUUGGAACCUUCGAGCGUUUGUCGACAAGAUCGGUUUUAAGUUGACCGCGCAUUCUUUUCACCACCGUCAUCUAAUUCCACGGUGUUCUCGAUUCUCUCUAUACAUCCGGUGUGGCUUGUAUGCAGGCACUCAUCGUGUCGAUUGUGCGAGUUAAACUUAAGACUGAUUCUGUUGUUCGUGUACGGUAAUUUGCGUUCAGGUGCUUUGUGUUAGUCAUAGCUCACUGUUGAAUAAGACCAGUGUUGUACUGAAACAUUAUGAGGACCGCAAGAGAUGUUGAAAACUAGCACAGUAGUGUUGGCUUCAUUAUUUCGGUUGUUUUGGCACUGUGUGUACAUUUAUGGAGGGUAUCUAUUUGUGUCACUGUUCCGUGAUGCCUUUGUUCACACAGUUGCUCCUUGUGCCGUCUUGUAACCAUUAUACCUUGUCAGAGGAGCGGUGUCUCAGGUUCACUUAUGCUCGAAAACUUGCCACCCAUGACAUGAUCCACCCAGACUACCCAGUCAUUCUGAUAUGGAGAUUUGUAGUUAAUUGUCUGCGUUAGAAGAAAAAUUUUACCAGGUGCUUAUUAUGCACAAUUGCUUAUUUGAUAUAUUAGUGACAGUCACUAAGCAGGGGUUUGUUAUUCAUAUUCACUUAUGCACGACUGUCAAAAUAUACACCAGUUAGUGCCAGCUGUUUGAAAGCUGUUUCAUCACUUCAUUCACAAUGGCUUUCCCGUAAUGGUGAUGUGUGGGGGCACAACGGCAGCAUAAUUGAUGACCCAAUAGAUUUGUGAUGGACUGUGGUGAGGCAGAGUUGUGGUUUGUAGAGUGACGGUGCUUUUAAGUGGUAAUGUGGCAUAACCGUUGUUGGUGAUACUACAAAUGGUAAUUGAUGUGGCAAAAUCCUAAUUUGCUAUGUGAAGGAAUCGUAUCACUUGUGACUUCACAGUUGAUGAAUUGGUCACGUGACGGAGUCACGGACUGCUGUGUGAACAGGGGCCAGUACUACUUGUGCACUGAAAACUGUCAUUCUUAUCCUGCGUGAAGUGAACCGGCGGGUGUUUUCUUUACAUCUCGAUGGUUUGCAGUGGCUAGGAUGUGGCCCUUUGUUUCCAUAUUGCAUCAGAGCGACAUUGGCCAUACGCAGUGCGUGUGCAUAUACGUGUAUAUAGAUAUUAGUGACCGGGGGACCAUUAUUCCUCUUCUUUUCUUGUAGGGUUUUGUCGGGAGUAUAAUUUAUUAGUGUGUUGUUGAAAACUGUAAAAGGUUGAGUUCUGUUUUGCACGUUUCUCAUCAUGUACAAUUUAAAUGGGAGGUAUGGUUACGUGUGCCAGAGGUGACGUGUGUUUAGGCAUUGGUUGAGAGGGUCGCAUGCUUGCGAUACAAACCUGCCAGUAGCAGGCUUUUCUUAAUUACACUUAGUGUCUGUGCUUCAUGUAAAAUAAGAAUGUGCUGUGCAAGAACAGACAUGCUAAACUUGUGUGGACCGUAUGAAAUGCAUUGAGCCAGCAAUGGUAAGGAAAAGCGAAGUAGUCUAUAUGGAACUUUAGUGCAGUGGUGUUGGGAAGGGCCUCCUAAUUGUAGAAACACAUAAAACUUGAGACCUGCAGUGCUUUUAUUAGGUGUAUUCAGAUCAGCUAUGUAUGCAUCUUCAAGAUUCUGCCCCGUAUAUUCUGCUGCUGACACAACUUUCAGUAGUUCGAACAUUCUAAUGAACCUGGAUUUCUUUGUACUCUUAGGCUAAGUUCAGAAUUGUAGUGUAGAAAUCUUUUCGGGCACAGCUCAUUUUAUUUUAAGCAGCUGCCUUUGCCUGCGAUUGACAUUAGUUGGAACUCUUAACACAUGUGCCCUUCGAUCCCAUGCUGUUUGUUCCAAGUUUCACUUGAGAGAGCUGUACUGCAAUGUUUGAAGUCCGAAAGAAAGAAAAACAUAGCAUAUGUUUCACUGUGAAAGUGGAGAGAUUUGUCUAUAACGAUUCAUGCUUUUCUAUUAUAUUUGCAUCAGCGUGAGCCCAGUUUUUCUAAUUCAUCACAUUCCACGUGCAGUCAGUUUUGAAAGUUCUUGUCGUGUAGUAUGCAUGGGUGGUUCCUUUCUUUCUGGCACAUGUGGAAAUUGCUAAGUACUUCUAUAUGCCAUGCGUAGGUGCUUGCAAAACGUGUACGAGUGAUUGAGCUACGUUUUCACGUUUGUGGAUGUUGUGAAUGUACUCCUCUGUCGUGUAGAUGCGCCGAAUGUGUGUGAUGUUAGUCGUUCGAGCACGUUUGGACAUUGUUACGAACAUUUUUUUUCCAGUGUGUGGACUUGCAGAUGCGUGUGUGGCUGAAUGUUCUGGAUUUGUGGUAGACGGGGUAGGAACCUCACGUGGGCACGUUCACGGCGCUUUAGUGACAUCUGUUAUGAUGUCAUUUGUCGUCCUUUUGCACCGUUAAAAUGAACACAUUGCUAUGCCUUACAUGGUGCGACUCUACAGGUGUCUCUGUUGUACCAAAAGUGUUGACACCUCCCUUAAUGCCCUCGCAUUGUUCCCAUAACGUUCAAGCAACGUCUGCAACUGAACGUUGCAGCAACGUUGCAUCAGUAGUUGGGGCUACUAGGUCGUUGUACAGUGAAGUUUUUCUCACAGUGGAAUCAUGGAAAGGCUAAUAACAGUAGCAGCGUGAGCAGCACUAGUUAAUAUUAGAUUUUGCGGCAGCUAGUGAUGUGGCACAAGCAAUUUUUUUUGCGCUGGAUACAGCUGGUGUCAGCGUCUUCAAGCCUUUUCAGUUGAUAAGGUGGUCCAGACUUCUUUUUCUACAUGUAAUGGUAAUGAUUGAAAAUGUUUGCUUCAUCUCACUUCUAGUACUCAGUGUAAUGCUUGUGGUGCAUUACAUCGCCAGCUGUCUCAUUACCAGUGAAACCUUUUAUGUCAUUGAACUGAAAUCUAUUACUUUUUUUUUGUUGUACAAACAUUGCUGCGUUAUAGCUUUUCCAAGUUCUGUUGUUCUCUUGUACACAAGCUUUAUUGUGUAAAAAGAAAAAAUAUAUUGAUGUUACUGUGGUUAUGAGCUUGUGCUGUCCACUAGGCAUUGCACUGUUACUGUAAAAUAACUACAUGUAAUAUAUUGCAACUACUACUACUAUACUGUCUUUUUCUCUGCUCUGAGUGAAAGUAUUGCAUGACAUGGUUCAUGUGUUGCGAGAAUGUGCGUAUGGUUUUUACGACUAUCUCUUGUUUCUUUGUUUUUCUGAAGGCAGCCGUUCAUGAUGAGUCAAGUGGCAGGCAUAAUUUUUUCGCAUAUAUGCAAGAUUUCCAAAAAUUGGCACAUGCACAGGUGUGUGCAAUAGCUUGUAUCGUUACUGCACAGUUUGUGUUUGGGUCAAGAAAUUUUUGUGCCCAUACAAUAAUUGGUAUUAAUGCCUAAAAUUCCUGUAUUCUCAAGGUUUCAAACAGAAUGAAGCACCAUACUUUCCUUGGUGGUCAAUGUUAUGUAGGUCUCCACUCUUCCAAAGCCCCAAUGUUGCAUUUAGACACAAAUUUCCAUGAAUAAGUACCGUAUUUACUCGAAUCUAAGCCGAUGUUUUUUUUUUUUUUUUCGAAAAAACGAUGUGUGAAAGUGGGGGGAUAGGCUUAGAUUCGAGUACAGUGAUUAAGUUGUUUUUUUUUUUUUUCUGGCCUUGCAAAUAUCGGGGGUCGGCUUAGAAUCGGGGCCGGCCUAGAUUCGAGUAAAUACGGUAAAUCACUCUAUUAGCAUACACUGGGCUGGUAACUGCUUUGUGAGAAAUCUGGCAAAGUAUUGUUAGUUUUAUACAUGGCACUUUGUUCAACACAGCCAUGCAAUUGACAUUUUAUCAUUCACUCCUAUAGUUAAGUUGUUGUGCUGAAUUAUACUGCUUAUGAUGACAUGAAUUUCACUUUUCGUUGUCAAUGUGCCACAACAUCCUUAUAGAUCUAAUGUUCCUUCAACAAAAAAGUCGAAAUCGGUUGAGAAUACCUGUUUGCACAUAAACAUUUGUGGUUAGAUUUGCAAAGCAAAAGUUUUUGAACAUCAACCUUUGACCUAAAAACAAACAUCUUUUUUCUUCUAAUCACCUGAUUGUUGUCCUAUCACUCUUUUCUUGCUUCACUUGCAACGUCGACGCUGCCUUCAGAAAAUGACAAAGAAACCGAGCCUAACAUUUUACUACUCUUACUUACUCUUUUUUUUUUUUCUUAUCCUUGACUCGUGUGUGCCUGUGACAUCUGUAUCUUUAUUUUUUUACAAAAACAUGAGGGAGUGCGGAGAAACGCGAGAAAAAAAAUAAUUCUGCGUCGCACUUCCUUCGAAGACGGAACGACACUGCCUGGAUUUCCUGAAAAAAAGGAACAACGCUAAAAUAAAUAUACCGAAUCAACUCUUGCCAGUUGAGGUUUAUAACCAGCAGCGACUGCCGAGAAGAAAAUGUACAUAGCCUCGUCACGGACGAGAAGAAACGAUUUUAACGCAGAGUUUAAUGAAAAUAUCGAAGGCGCGCGCUUGUGGCCAUCGCUCGGGCCGCUUUUCAAGGAACAGUCGACCCUCACUGCUUUCGGGGCAUGCCUGCUGUUUUUAUCGAAGGAAAUUUGCGUUAGAGACACUGUUUUUUAAAAGUUGUCAUUGCAGUGUCAUCAUAACUUUGUGUUGAUUGGAACUUGCUCAGGUUUGAGAAACCUAAAGGGGCGUCAAACAUUUGUCGUUUUUGGACACUUGCACUGGAGCCGUUCUUUCUGCCACAGAUUCCGCCAGCAUUGAACAAAAUCUUGUCAUAUGCUGUACGGUCGUGUUUCGUUUUAUUAUUUUUAACCAGAUAUGUUCGUACCUCACGUAUGUAGAACUGAACUGUUACAAGUAUGCUUUUUUUUUUUACUACAUGCCGCUACAGUGCACCAGAAAUUACAUGAGCAAGUAACUGUUGCUCUAUGCUCAAUAAGUAAUAACAACAGUUUUCUCAUAGAGUCUGCAUAGAAAUGUUUAUGCAUUUAAAGGGACACUAAAGAGAAAAAUGGAUUUUUCUCAUAUUGGUAAAUUACUCUUUCACAUUUCCAAAAACACCAUGCUUGCCGACAGAAAACCCACAAAAAGAAAAUGCGGGUGGCAAUGCCACCUUGAAAUUUCCGCAUGAAACACUGCGACAUAUUUUGACGGCAUCUACUAGGUCCUUCGUAGUUCCAAACCAGUAAAAGUGAAGCACGCUGUCCUUUGAGGGGGCCAUAGACUUGACUUGCCAAGUUUCAGGCAAUUUCGUUUUCACUGUCGCCAGAAUGCAAAAAAUUACGCUUUGGAAUCGGUGACAUCAUGUGCGGAGAUUCCUUUGCGAGAUUUAAAAACGAGGCUUUGACCUUGAUUUUCUCCUCUAUUAGUGAGCCCUUGAUGUUGAAAUCAGUCAGAGCACACUUGAUAAAUCUAAACCGAUUCAUUGUUUCCCUUUAGUGUCCAUUUAAAAUUGUCUCGGAUAUGAUUACUAGCAAUAUUAUUAGCGACGUAUGAAAUUAUAUUUACAUAAGUGGCAAAUGGUAUUUGUGGUGACAAGAUACUUCCUCCAUUCAAGUGUCCAGUUAAUGCUUGGCAAAUGUAAUGUGAUUAGAUUGAGUGUAAUUGUAUGUUUGACACUUGUGCAUGUGCUAUUUCAGGGUGCUCGGUAUUAAUGUUUAAUGUUCUAAAACUUUACAUUAAACCUUGUGUCUGUAUGUUAGGAUAGUUCUACCGGCACGGCGUUUUUGCAGAAAGGUUGCUUGCGGAAGUUGCCCCGAAGAAUGAAGGACGACUGUUCUGUAGCAUAAAACAAAAAUAAUCGAGGCAAUCUCGCUGUGUCUUUACGACGCGAGGGUCUUCGAGAAAAAAAAAAGACUUGUGAAAAAGAGAUCUAUAUUCUGUACACAAUGUGUUUUCUUGAAACAAAAAAAAAUGUUGAUUGUGACGCGAGCAUUUUCUUUCGUGGUAUCUUCAGUGAUCAUUUAAGAAUGUUGAGCUUUCGAUGUUGAAGUUGCAAAUUUCACCGGCCGUAGCAUCAGCUCGUGAAAUUAGCAAAUUGUACAGAGUUUUUGUGCGAAGCAACUGUUACUCUCCCUGCUCUAGGCAUGCCCGUAUUGUUGCUAGUACCUGUAAGCGAUUCAUACUGCUAGCUUUUUUUAUAUGUUUCGAUGCUUUGUAUUUUCUGAUGGCACAACUCAGUAAUGAUUUAUAGUAAUGAUAGCAUAUGACGGACAGAUCCUUCAUUUCACAGUUUGUCCUACAGUUGGACUGCUGCUGCCUGGUUUACUUCGUUCAUUUCCUGUAAUCUUUGAACAACAUCCUGGGACUCUCUUGACAGCUUCAUAACUCGUGUGCUUACCUUAACUUUAGGUCAUAAGACCGCAGCACUCAGUAAUUAAAGUUUGACUUCUUGAGUUGCUAGCGAAAAGAAUCGUUCUCCAGUUAGGCUGACUGUAAACUGAUCACUUGUUACAGCACGGCUAUGCCAAAUUGGAAAACUUCUAAAAGUUGUGUGCAGUCGUGAAGUUCACGCAAAGCGUUUUUUUUUUUCGUCUAAGAGAUCUGGCCGAGCAGUGUUCUUACAUCAGCUGCAGUGUGUAAUAUUGUUACUACUUCGUGACACACUGCAGCAUUUCCAACAGUUCUGGUACGUGAAACUUAUUCUUUCUGAAAAACAUUUUGAUUAUAUUAGUCAUUGCAGUUAAAUGCUGUCAGUUAGGUUGCUACUGAGUACUGCUGUUUAAUGCCCGUCUGUAACCAUCUCUAGCAAAUGCUGUUGCCAGCGCAAAACAUUUUGCUGCAGUUUGUUAAAAAGAAACUGCUUUUUGCAUUGUUCGCCAGUGUUAUCAAAAUCAUCUGGCAGGAACUCCCAGUAGUGAUACCAGACAUUGGUGCGCGUGAAGAAACGCAAUGUUCAGUUGUGCAGUGGUCUCUUUUUGAGUGCUGUGCUUGUUGAAAUUAUUGCUUCCGCAGCAGAACUUCUUUCGCGAAGCGGUACUGUCGAUUCAUGAUUUGUGAAAUGUAUACGCAACUGUGUCAAACGGUGUCCCGCGCUGUGCAAGUUUGAAAUGCUAAAAGAAAUUCUGGCUACGGAUUGUUUCGCGAGGAAAUUUUCACAAUGGUGGUGCUUUUCUUGCCGCAGUCGUACAUUCGAACCUCCUUAGAACUAAAACUGAACACAGUUUCCUAUGUCUGAUAAUUAUUAUGAGCAUAUAUAUUCAUGUCAAUGUCGAUUGAAUAUUGUGCAUUCCUUUUUGUUAUAUCGGAUAGUGUUAAAGCUGUGUUCAUUAUACGGAGGUUCAAGUACCGUGAAAAAAAAAAGGAUUUCGUUCACCGCAUGUCACGAAUGAUGUCUGUGUCACAUGUCACUAGCUAUGUAAAUAGGCCUGGGCUCCGUGUACAUUGGCAACUUUACAUGUGUGUGUGCAUGUGGUCUUCGUGAAAGACCAAGUCGUGUGAGAAAAAAAAAGCCCGGUUGUUCUCGGGAUUGUUAAAAAUUUUUAUGCACAGUGUCUGCAUUGUUACGAAAGGUCAUUGGAAUGCUUGCGUGGAAGCACAAAAAAAUAUGUUACUGUGUUUUAUGUGGAGACUUUAAAGCAUACAUACCAGUUGGUGUUAAGUCCUUGUGCAACUGUCUUUUCACUACUUUUUUAUUGAAUAUUAGGUAACGAGGAAGGUUAUCUCCGGGGCCUGCUCCUGUAUCCCUCUUCAAAAACGUGUGUUAUGCAGAAAUGAUGUCAUUAGCGUAUACUUUGAAGUGCAAUACAAGAGAUUCAUCUGUCAAAGAAAACAAAAUCUUGAACAACUACAGCAGUAUGUUUCUUGAAAACCACGUUAUUUAGAGCUUUAAAGCGAAUGGGAUCACUACCUUUCGUUCGCGUUGCAUGUACAACAGGUCAUCUGCUGUAGUGGCUUAAGGCAUUGCUUCUCAAGAGUAAGAUGGGAGCAAAAUGUGAAAAUGGCCAUGCACUUAGAUUUAGGUAUGUGUUGAAGAACCCCGGGUGGUCAAAAUUUAACGGGAAUGGGUUUGCCAAUUGCCCCGAUAGCAUUUUUGCAUUUUUUUCACGUAACUUGAAUGGAGAGGAUACAGCCUGAAGCUUGUUCUUAAAAAAUUCCCUCUUAGCUCUUGCAUGUGAAAUCUGCUUAAUGCGAUUUUGAUGCUUCCAUUUUUCGUUUAUUGAAGAGUGCAUAGGAGUUGCUGGAUUCUUUGCUGCAGUGUAGCUGGUUGCUUCUUAAGCGAGAUGGUCAUAGUCAUUUCAGCAUUUUCGCUUAAAUGUGUUCAAGUUUUACAGAUCGUUAGGAGUGCAAGUGAUACUAAAGAGUCAACACAAAACUGAAGAAUCGUACAAAAAGAAAGAAAAGCUGUCUCGUGCGGUACCUGAGCUAGCUUUUUAGGGUGUAUUUAAAUGAAGUUGGUAUAUAUGACCGUGUUACGAGUAAACGAGAAGCAAUGCUUAUGAAAAUCUUUGUACAUAAUGAUAGAAAAGAGUUCACUUUUACUUUUGUGUUUAUAUAGUAUGGAUAUGUAGUGUCAGUGUAUGCAAAGUUUUUGUUUCCUUUAGGUUCACACGUGUAGAAAUUGCAGCCUUGUACAUCUGCAGCUCUGUUGAGGGAUGUCGGCCCUGUAUGGUAAUUUGUGGCUUGUAUUAAACCAGUUUUCACCUGUAAAA